AUGUCACGAGCCAUACCGCCUUUCAGAUGCAAUGAGAUUGACAAAAACAAGUUGCAUAAAGCAUGGCAGGUUUGGAAACGGUCUUUGGAGUAUUAUUUUGAAGCAGAGGACAUCACCGACCAAAAACGGAAGCGCGCUAAGCUUCUGCAUCUCGGGGGGCCCCAACUACAGGCGUUGUUCCAGUCUCUUCCAAAUAGCGAACGAUUUGCUCUAGUAUCUCUAGAGAAGGCAUAUUACGACGUGGCUAUUCAAGCAUUUGACGAGUUUUUUCAACCGGGGCGGCAGGAUGUUUUGGAGCGGCAUAACUUACGGCGGAUGAAACAAAACGAAGAUGAGAGGUUUGCCGAGUUCGUCAUCAGGAUCAGGCAGCAGAUUGCGGAGUGUGGUGUUGAUAAGUACGAACCAGCGGUUAGCAAGAUACUGACGGAUAUCAUGCUAACGGAUACCAUAGUAGAAGGAUGUGCAUCGGCGGAGUUGCGAAAGCAGAUCUUGCAGAAGGAUCGCUCGGUGGAAGAAAUCGAAGAAAUUGGGAAAUCGCUAGAAGGAGUUCAGAAGCAGUUGAAGGAUUUUGGGUCGCUUCGGGAAGAAGGAAAGCAUCACGAUCGCGUAUAUGGCAUCCAGUCUAAGCCUCGAUACCAUCCCGGGAGAGCAAGAGCGACAGGAAGCGUCCAGCCAAACUCCAAAAAGCCGGAAAUGAAAUGUUUCAAAUGCGGACUUUUUGGCCAUAUCUCGACUGACACACGAUGCCCGGCCAGAGGAAAAUCGUGCAACCGAUGCAAGAGAACUGGGCAUUUCGAAGCUCGAUGCCGUAUACAAGCCCGGUCUGCCUUUCCCUGGGAAGAAGAGUCGACGGAAGCUAAACGGAUUCGGGUAGUUGAACGAGCAACGGCACAAGACCAGGUGCGCGAAUCCAACGCGAUUGAGGCUAGUGAACCUCCUGCGAGUACUCCACAGAAAACAUAUUAUGCUUUCUAUGCAGGAAACGAUUCGAACAUGGUGACCUGCGUGAUUGGGGGAGUUUCACAACCGAUGUUGGUGGACUCGGGUGCCGAGGCAAAUUUGAUUACCGAUGUGGCAUGGGAGGCACUCAAAUCAGCCGGAAUCGAAGUUUUGAACUGUGAAAAAGGAAGCGACCGCGUGUUGAAAAGCUAUGCGAACAACAUUCCAUUGACUGUGCUGGGUACGUUUAAAGCUGUCGUGACCGUUGGAGUGAAGUCUGUGCAAGCCGAGUUUUUCGUGAUCAAAGGGGGCCAGCGAUCGCUUUUGGGAGAUGUGACAUCCAAGAUGUUGGGAAUAUUGAAAGUGGGUCUGGAGGUAGAUCAAGUAUCAGAGUCCUUGAAACCGCUUUCUAAGAUCUCUGAUGUAUCGGUGCACAUUCAUCUGGACCCAACAGUUAAACCCAUUUUUCAACCAAUGCGACGAGUUCCCGUAGCUCUGGAGGAAGCGGUCAACAGUAAGUUGAAGGAACUAAUGGCAAGGGAUAUCAUAGAGGAAAAGAAGGGCCCGGUAACUUGGGUAUCGCCUUUGGUGGUGGUCGGAAAGGCAAACGGAGAACCUCGGAUCUGCCUCGACCUGAGGAGGGUUAAUGAAGCUGUGUUAAGAGAAAGACACCCGAUGCCGGUAAUCGAUGACUUUUUGGCCAGAAUCGGACCAAAUAUGGUCCGCAGUAAGCUAGAUGUCAAAGACUCCUUCUUGCAACUUGAGCUGGAUGAAGAGUCAAGAGACGCGAUGGUGUUCCUCACAGCACGAGGACUAUACCGAUUCAAACGUAUGCCAUUUGGGUUGGUAUCGGCGCCAGAAGUUUUUCAGAAAACAAUGGACACGAUACUAGCAGGAUGCGAGGGUACAUGGUGGUACAUCGACGAUGUGUACAUCGAAGGAAAGGACAAACAAGAACAUGAUGAACGAGUGGCCAAGGUAGAGUAG